GCGGCAGAGGGGGGGCAGCGAUGCGCUCCCCCGCGCCCCGCCCCCGCUGGCCCCCUCCGCGGUCACGUGACUGCGCGGCGCGCGGCCGGGGGCGGGGGGGAGCCGGUGUGUGGGAGAGGAAGAAGGAGGGGCCGCGGCAGCGUGAGGAGGGGAGCUGGUGGCGGCAGCCGAGCAUCCUGCUACCGGCCGGGCCAUGAGGAGACACCUUGAGUUCAUCUGGGACUUCUGUGCGAGUGUGUCCUCUCCCAGUGGCCUUGGCAGUGAUCAGGGGAAGCUUGUUGCGAAGAUUGGGGACUUAGUGCCUGGUCCCAAUAGCUGAAGCUGUAAAGAAUCUAGCACACCAUGGAAGAAAGGGAAAAUGUGAGUCGGAUACCCGAAUACCGCCCCAUCCACCAGGAGGGCCAUCUUGGUGCUGGAGACAACAACUUGUCAUCUGAGGAGCCACAAGAAGCUCUUCAACUGAAGAAGGAAAUCUCUUUGUUAAAUGGGGUUAGCCUUGUCAUAGGCAAUAUGAUUGGAUCUGGGAUCUUUGUCUCUCCAAAGGGGGUCCUGGUCCACAGCGCCUCCUAUGGGCUGUCUCUCGUGGUGUGGGCCAUCGGGGGUGUCUUCUCUGUGAUUGGUGCCCUCUGUUAUGCCGAGCUGGGAACCACCAUCACCAAAUCUGGAGCCAGCUACGCUUACAUUCUGGAAGCCUUUGGGGGCUUCAUCGCCUUUAUCCGUCUGUGGACCUCCUUGUUAAUCAUUGAGCCCACCAGCCAGGCCAUCAUUGCCAUCACCUUUGCUAACUACAUUAUCCAGCCUGUGUUUCCCUCUUGCGAACCACCAUAUAUAGCUUCUCGUCUGCUUGCUGCUGCUUGUAUAUGUCUGCUGACAUUUGUGAACUGUGCAUAUGUGAAGUGGGGGACGCGUGUGCAGGAUGUGUUCACCUAUGCCAAGGUUCUUGCUCUUAUUGCUAUCAUCGUCACAGGCCUUAUAAAACUGUGCCAGGGACAUUCUGAGCACUUUAAGGAUUCAUUUCAGGGCGCUUCCUGGGACAUGGGAAAUCUCUCUCUCGCCCUGUAUUCUGCCCUCUUCUCUUACUCAGGUUGGGACACUCUUAAUUUUGUAACAGAGGAAAUCAAAAAUCCGGAAAGAAACUUGCCUUUGGCUAUUGCAAUUUCUAUGCCUGUUGUGACACUCAUCUAUAUCUUGACCAACGUGGCCUACUAUACAGUGUUGGAUAUCCAGGCCGUGCUGGGGAGUGAUGCUGUGGCUGUGACAUUUGCUGACAAGGUAUUUGGCAUAUUUAGUUGGACAAUUCCUAUUGCUGUUGCCUUUUCCUGCUUUGGGGGCCUCAAUGCAUCGAUCUUUGCUUCAUCAAGGUUGUUCUUUGUGGGCUCUCGAGAAGGUCAUCUGCCCUAUCUUCUUUCCAUGAUUCACAUUGAGCGCUUCACACCUGUUCCUGCUUUGCUCUUCAAUUGCACCAUGACCAUCAUCUACCUCAUUGUGAAGGAUGUCUUCCUGCUUAUCAACUACUUUAGCUUCAGUUACUGGUUCUUUGUGGGUUUAUCAGUUGUAGGGCAGCUCUACCUCCGGAUCAAGGAGCCAGAGAGGCCUAGACCCCUCAAGCUGAGCCUGUUUUUCCCUAUUGUUUUCUGCGCAUGCUCUGUUUUCCUGUUGGUUGUACCCCUUUACAGCGACACUAUCAACUCCCUGAUUGGCAUCGGAAUCGCUUUUUCUGGGAUUCCUGUCUACUUUGUCGGCAUUUACUUGCCUGCAUCCAAGAAACCGCUUUUCAUUGGGAAGAUUCUGGCUGCCGUUACCAAGGCCACGCAAUUACUCUGCCGCUGUGUCCUGACUGAACUGGACUUGGGGGAAGGCAGGAGACCUGAAACAAAAUCUGACUAGAGGCCAGAGGCUUCUUCCUCUAAGGCCGGGAAAACCAGCUGCACUUGGGUCGUCCACAAGACCCACGUGACUGCACAUCCAGGAAAUAGAACCUCCUGAAGUGGGGCUUGGGGGUGGGGAAGAUGGCUUGUACCAUCUGGAACUCGACUUCUCCACUUGGCAGUCCUCUUCUGCAAUGAAAACUCCAAACCUCUUUGUGGACAUGGGACAGGCUUGGGAGAGAGUCUAUGGAAUGAUGGAAGAGAAAAAAAAAAUCAAUGGUGGGGAGACCAUAGUAGUAAGAAAAAUAAGUUUGUUGGGAUGGGGAGGGUAUGCUGGGGAAGAGAAAGAUGUUGAGCCUAGAAAGAGCAUGUAGCCUUCCCCCCUCUGGAGUCAGACAGUAAUAAGCCAGAAUUCUGUAGAAGAAAUGGUCAUAUCUUCAAUCAAAAAUUUGGAUUUCAUCAAAGGAAAGCUAUUAAAACCUAAAAUUCUUCCCCACUCCACCUUCCUUCUACCUUUCCCCCACUGAGAAUUCUUGCCUCAGUUUUACCUCAACAAACACAGAAAUCAUUAAUAGUAAUCUAAGUCAAAUCCUUCUAUUAAUGAUCUCUCUUUUGGGGGACUGAAGGCAGGAGUGGAAGGAAAGGAGGGAAUAUGGGCUGGGAAAGGAUUCUUAGUUUUAGAAGAGUUUUACUCUGACCAAAUCUGAACUUUUGAUUUAGGGAGAUGUAACCCAUUUCUUCUACAGGACUGAUUUAUUACUUACUGCCUCUGGAGGUGGGGGGGUGGGGGUGGUGGUAAAGGAGAGAGGGUAAUGUGCCUUUAAAAUUGAGAUUAUUUGUCCAGAAUAAUUGGUCUCAAAUUGAAACGUCACCUGUGAUAGGCUGGAGUGUGUUUAUAAUUUCCCAGAUAUCACAGCUGAUUUACCUUGGCCCGGUUAGUUUCCAUGCGCAGGUGGAGACUUUUCCUCUUGAUAGGUCAGGAUUAGUCCAGCACUUUGCAUUGGUGGUAUUUCCAAUUGCUGUUGAGUAAAGGUUGACUGUAAAGUUUCUCACACUCCUCUACUUAUAACAUUUUUGUACACAUGCGGGUGUGCAAUGUUCACAUGUACACAAGUGUGUAUGUUAUAAGCUCUGGCUAAUGUCUUAGCAGGGAAAAAAAGAUUAGCAAAUUCAUGAUUGAGGGUUCAUACUCCUUUAGUGAAGAGGAGUAACUUUAUUCACUUACUACACAAGGCCUGUGUCUUCACUUUAGACAUUAGCACA